AAUCAAGCUCUCUUGCACAGGGAAAUAUAAACACAUUUAAUUUAAUGUCCUUGACGCCCUGUGUCAUGAUUGCGACAAGAGCUCAUUUUGUUUUUAGCUCAUUAGUCCGGCACUAUCGUUAAUGUACACCUUACGAGGUUACCGUUCUGUGGAAGUGACCUUUGUGUUUUUUUCGCGCAUCCCUAAGGGCUAUGUAUGUGAUUAAAAGGGGCGUCAAGGGUUGCACGUGCGGUAUUGGCUACUACUUUUUGCUCUAUUAUGCAGUAAAUCGCUGCAUACUUGUGGUAGUCAUUUAAAACUGGAAAACCCCGCUGUGUCUAGUGUUUGUUCUCAUAUCUUAAAUUAUUGCAUAAUUAAAAAUGGUAAAUUGUGGUGGGAUUUCUAAUGCAGCAUUGCACUGGGUUUUACGUCUCCUGUAAAUAACCGGACGAAAAUAUGUUGCGUUGCUAUCAUUCAUUAUUGCCCUGUGUAUGUCGGCCAAAAUAGUCGAUUUUUUGUGUUGUUACAUGCGACAUUUUGUUUCUGUGUGGUAUAUUUGCUAAAUACCCUAAGGCGGCAUUGCUAAAUGCCUAAUAGGCCUGGCUUCAGCAGAUAUGCCACUUCCAAAGCUUUUGAUCUAGAGAAAUGCCGCGAGGACGUGGACAUACUGUUUAUGAUGGACUCGUCGGGCAGCAUAGGGACUGAGGAUUAUAUCAAAGAAAAGAGCUUUGUAAAGCAGCUCGCUUCAAGCUUCACAGUGUCACCACAGGGAACCCAUGCGGCUCUCAUGAUAUAUAGUGACCAUGCACAGAUCGAGUCAAACUUAGGACAACACUCAAGCAUCGAGAGCUUUAACGAUGCUGUGGACAGACUGCCCUACCUAGAAAAGAGAACAAGAAUUGAUAAGGCACUAAAACUUGCUUAUAACGAAGUCUUUUCAGCUGAAAGAGGUGCACGCCCGGGAAAAUCCAAAAUUGCGGUGGUUCUAACUGAUGGCCAGCAGACGCCAGAUCCCGAUGCCACGCCUCUAGAUGUGGCGGUGCGGCCGCUCCAUGACGCUAAAAUACACGUGUUUGCCAUCGGAGUCGGCGCGUACUACAAACGCGAGGAACUCCAGCAACUCGUUCAGCGAGACAGUGACAUUUAUGAGGCGUCUGACUUCGACAAUCUUCUCACGCUCGUCAAGACAAUUGCACGAGGAACGUGUAAAAGGGUCAUUCCUACACCGCCACCCAUUAUAGCCCCGCAAUGCGUCUACAAAGCAGACUUGGGUUUCCUAAUGGACGCUUCCCGGAGCAUUGGCGAGGAAGACUUCCAGAAGGAGAGAGACUUCGUCAAGUCGCUGGCGUCAUCUUACGCGCUAGACGAGACUCUUACCGGCGUCAUCACCUACAGCGACGAGGCCAAGAUUGUGAUUCCCCUCGGCCACUUCACUGCGGACGGCUUCCGUCAAGCCGUGGAUCGUGUUCGCUACACCCAUGGACGUACGCGCAUAGACAAGGCGCUCAAACUCGCCGCGUCGGAUCUUUUUACCCAGAAUGGCGGGCGUGGUGUUCCUAAGCUUAUGGUGAUACUUACGGACGGAGUACAGACACCGGACCCAGACGCCGUCCCGCUAGAUCAGGCUGUAAUACCGCUAAGGAAGAAGGGUGUUAAGCUGUUUGCUGUGGGCGUGGGGCCGUAUGUCAAACCAAGUGAGCUAAGGUUAUUGGUUGAAAGCGAAGCGGAUUUGUUUUAUGCCAAGGACUUUGAUGAUUUGCUACGUAAAGCGGCUGAGAUAUCUAUACGUACAUGUGCGGAUAUCAAGCAAAGAACGGUUGAUGGCGGGUGGGGCCCUUGGAGCAGCUGGAGCGCGUGUAGCGAGCAGGCAUGCGGACGAGCCGGGACGCAGUUCCGUCGCCGGGUGUGUGACAGCCCUCCCCCGACUAGUGACGGUAGUCCGUGCGCUGGUCUCUCAGAACAAGCCCGCCAGUGCAAGACGCCACCUUGUGAUGUUGUCAGCAAGUGUUCGUAUAAAGCCGACCUUGGAUUUAUAAUGGAUGCCUCGUCGAGUAUCGGUCCCGAAGACUUCAAGAAAGAACGAGAAUUUGUCAAGGAGCUGGCGUCAUCUUUCACGUUCAGGAAUGGCGGCACUCAGGGCACUUUGGCUGGUGUGAUCACGUACAGCGAUUAUGCGACUCUACAGAUCCCUUUCGGUAGACACAGGACUCUGGAAGGUUUUAAAAGUGCCGUAGACUUUAUUCCCUACACCUUCGGUCGCACUAGGAUUGACAAAGCCUUGAAACUCGCGAGUGAGAAGCUUUUUACGUCCGGUAGAAGAAACUUCCCUAAAGUACUGGUAAUCUUGACCGAUGGCGUCCAGACCCCGGAUCCAGACGCCAAACCCCUUGACGAGGCCGUUCUCCCGCUCAAGGAAGCUGGCAUCAGACUAAUGGGUAUAGGGGUCGGCCCGUACUUUAGACGGGACGAGUUGCUGUUGAUGGUGGAGCCUGAGAAUCUGUUCACAGCGCGGGACUUCGAUGAUCUGCUCAGGAAGGUGGAACAGAUCGCUGUGGCCACGUGUAAGCAGAUCAAACAGCAGGAAGUUGAUGGAGGAUGGUCGCUAUGGUCACCGUGGACAUCAUGCAGUGCGAGCUGUGGUGGUGGAGUCCAGAGACGCACACGAGCUUGCAACAAUCCCUCACCGGCAAAUGGCGGCCGCUCUUGCCAGGGCCCUAGAGAAGCAAGACAAGUGUGUAACGUGCAGAACUGUGCUGUUGAUGGGCAGUACACACCAUGGAGUUCGUGGGGCCCAUGCACUAAGACAUGUGGCGGUGGAUCGCAGGCUCGUACUAGAAGCUGUUCCAAUCCUCCACCGUCAUUUGGAGGCCGGCAGUGCACUGGGCCGAGAAUAGAAACUCAACUUUGCGCUCCUCUUGCCUGCAUCAUAGAGAGAUGCUUCUCCGAGAGUGACCUUGGUUUCAUCAUGGACGCAUCUGGCAGCAUCGGCCCGUAUGAUUUCCAGAAAGAACGAGAUUUUGUCAAGUCGAUGAGUAGCAAGUUCACAGUCCUUCCCGGUAAGACCCACGUGGCAGUUAUGUCAUACAGCGACUACGCCACUAUCAACAUGCGCUUCGGAGAAUACCCCUACAUGGAUCAGGUCCGACGUGCUAUCGAUCGUAUCCCGUACACCUUGGGACGAACGCGUAUCGAUCGUGCACUCAAGCUAGCAGCGGAAGACAUGUUUACUGAAGGAAGAGGGGCUCGUAAUGGAAUUCCUAAGAUAGCUAUUAUUCUCACUGACGGUAAACAGACGCCCGACCCUGACGCCGAGAACCUGAGGACUGCGUCGGAUAGGCUGCGUUCAAAGGGGGUCAGGGUGUUAGCGGUGGGUGUAGGGCAUUAUGUCGACCCUAAGGAACUGCGGUUGAUGGUGGACGCGCCCGGUGAUGUUUACACUGUAAAUAGCUUUGAUGAACUCGUGAGAAAAGCAAACAGCAUUGCUAUACUAUCAUGUGAGAGGACUCAAGCAACAAUACCACCACCGCGAUUCACCAGCCGACCACGCCUACCUCAGACACAGCGACCCCCGACAUUACCACCCCUGACAUUCCCGCCCCGGACAUUUGCGCCUCUGACGCAACCGCCUAGACCCGUGACUAGACGUAGAGACGUUCCACCUACACCAGCGCCAACAAGACGUCCACCCGUGUUCACGCUGCCUCCUAUCACAGGUCCAAUCGGUGAGCGACGUUUCUGUGUGAAUAGAAUGGAUCUUGGGUUCGCCAUGGCAUCAUCAGCCGAUAUAGGCAUCGAAAACUACAAACGUCAAAAAGUCUUUGUCAGAAAUGUCGCCCCAUAUAUGGAUAUCUCCAAUUAUGGGAACCGGUUUGGAGUCUUAGUGUACGGCGACUCCUCGCUGAUUGAGAUGAAAAUGGAGUAUUACAGAGAUGCUCGUCUCUUCCAGACCAUAGUAGACAGCUUGCCAUAUUACAGUCAAAGGAACCGCAUCGAUAAAGCCUUACAAACAGCUAGUGAGAUGUUCGGCGUUUCUAAGCGUUACCAAGAGAAGUAUACCAAGGUGUUAGUUUUGAUAACGGCAGGCAAGCAGACCCCAGCCGGCGAUGCUGUACCGCUUUAUGUGGCGGCGCGCCCCCUGAGAGCAGCUGGUGUCCGAGUGCUAGUGAUCGGAGUGGGAGGAAACAUUUCUUACAGGGAGCUAAGUGCUGUGACCGAGAAAAACACCGACUUGUACUUUGAGGCUACUUUCGACUCCCUGCUGAGGAACACGGAGUUCUAUAAACGAAAAAUUUGCGAAGCCGGCAAUUUGCGGUCCUCAACUAGUAAUCCAGAGCCGCUGCUUGGAUGAAGAUGAUAGUAUCGUUCCUGCCCCUGUACAGUAAUAUAUUACAGUAAUAUGUAUACCCCUUUAUCAGUGGCAGCUUAGAGUUAUAACUGCCCAAACGUUUCUCAUAUUUAUUAUUAUUAAAACAGACCAGUUACCACAGGUGGUAGCACCUAAAGAACGAUUAGGUGGAUUGCCAUUGAGCACGUUGGUUUUCAUCGGAAAGUUUGGAAAAAAUGUUAAUUACCGUCCUCGUAUGUCGGCUAAAUUAUAGUUGUCAAGAUAAAUACAAUACUAUGAUAUAUGAUAGACUGAAACAAGGGGAAUUUCUUACGCCAACUGUUUUUCCUUUCUCCUGUUUUCAGAGGAGUCUGCCCUAGCGAGAACAAGAAACAUCUUCCAUUAUAGUGCUGUGGGACACAACCAUUUGAUAAAUUCAGUAGUAUUCAAAAGUAUUCGAUCUGAUUAUGUAAUGAUAUUCUAUUCUAUUGAUACCAAGCUAGAUUUUUAGAUUUUUUCAAAUUUCAGUCCCUCAGUCCUCUCGUACAGGAACAUUAAAAAGACAUUUUUUUUUUGGGGGGGGGGGCACAGCCACGCCCCUACUGGUAAUUUUCUUAUUUUGUUCAACAUAUUGGGCUGUCACGUGCACCCAGUACCCCGCUCCCCCCGCUAUGGCUCCUGCUAUGGCCCUAUAUGGUGCGAAAAUAUAGCCAGUUUUCAACUAGUGCUCAGUCCCUUCUACGGAGCAGUGAAACGCCAUAUUGAAAAUUACCCAGAAGACCCUUGAGACGAGGUUGGCCAAUGCGUACAGUAGGAAAUAAACCCCUGAGUAAUAAAUGAUUUGCCAGCGUAGCGAAGGGUCUAGACAUUUUUUUUAGAAUCUAAAGAAUUUCUCUCAUUUAACUGUAACUGUAACAAAAUUAAAUGUUGUAACGGAACACUAGUAUUUUUUAUUUUUUUUGGUUCUAAAAAGGAACAGGUUUUGGGGAACAGUUACUGGGAGUGCAAAUGCAUUAUGCAUUAUGCUUUGAAGUAAUCAUCUAUGCAAGAACAAGGCAAAAUUUCAUUGUCCUGCGGCAAAACCCUUAUCAUUGCUUUUUCACUUAGGAUCUUUUUUUGUAUACAAAAAAUACACACUCAGAACACAUAGUAGAUUUUGAUAUAAGAUUUUGAGCAAAUUGCUUGAGACAUGGCCUUUCUUGUUUUAUGGGUGAUUUUUUGUGGUGAACCAAUCAGAAGAAGCAAGAACAAUGUUUUGUUUAUGCAAUGUAACAAAAGAAACAAAAAAGGUAUCGACUGCAGUAAAUUGCCUUUCAGGUCCGACUAAUCAGGGCAAACUUAUUUGAAAAAUGUUUAGUUGGAAAGAGGCAGAGAUCAUUUCGAGGUACCGGAAAAUUGGGUUAUCGGAGAUUGGAGUUACAUUUGGUAAAACUUAAACUAAAAAAGAAAAUCCAAGGAUAGCAUAUAUGACAGAUUUUGGUUCGCCUUUAGCGGAAGGCCCGAGUUACCAGGGUUACGAUUAUCGGGGGUCAUCGUAUUGUGUGUAGGAAAACCGCAAUAAGAUGUAAUUUCCCGUCUUCUAGAAAAAAGUGUACGAAUGUUAAGAAUUUCAUUUAACUAAAAGGCAUUCUGUAGUGAUGCUGCUCAAAUUAAGAAGGACGGUAUAGGGUCGAUAAAGUAUUUGUGCAACCCUUCUGUCAUCCUCCUUGCAGAGACGAGAGCAAGGCCGUUAAGCCCCAACACACCCCAAAACAUAUCUAGUUUGCAAGCCUUUCAUUUGAAUGUAUAUUUCUAUUAAACAACAAAUAAUUGUGUGAUUCUAAUAUGGCACACUGUUAGUUUCAGAGAGUAGUUUUAACUCAAAAAAGGAAGUAAAAAACUGAGGUACAAA